AACUUGGCAUGAUAGAUACCUCACAAAAAGCAGGAAUCAUGAUAGAUACUUCACAAAAAGGAGGAAUCAUGAUAGAUACUUCACAAAAAGGAGGGAUAAUGAUAGAUACCUUACAGAAAGGAGGACUCAUGAUAGCGAUUAAAGAAUGUGCUAGUGGGACUGUUGGUGGUAUCACUCAAGUGUUAGUUGGUCAACCAUUUAAUACCGUUAAAGUUAGACUUCAAACGCAACCUAUACCAAUACCUGGUCAACCACCACUGUAUUCUAGUAUGCUUGAUUGUGUACGAAAAACUAGCAAAGAAGGUUUCAGUGCAUUUUAUAAGGGAACGACAAUGCCUUUAGUAGGAAUAGGUGCAUGCGUAUCGAUUCAAUUUGCUGUAUUAGAACAUAUGAAACGUUAUUUUAAUAAAGUUAAUGAAAGAAAUGGAAAUAAAAAUUCUCUCCUGACAAAUUCACAAUUUUUUAUGUCUGGAGCAGCUGCUGGCAUAGCAAAUUCAGUUAUUUCCGGUCCGGUUGAACAUAUUCGUACGCGCCUUCAGGUUCAAAUCACACCUACACAAUCAAAUUCUUCAGCUAAAAAGUCCAUGUUAUAUUCUGGACCAAUUGAUUGCAUUAAAAAAAUUUAUUCUUCACAUGGGAUUCGUGGAAUUUAUAAAGGACAAAUGAUGACUAUGGUGCGUGAAUUUCACGGAUAUGGUACAUAUUUCUUUUUAUAUGAGUUUUUGAAACGAUCAGAUGGAUAUGGAAAAAACCCAAGAGGUAUUGAAAGCUGGAAGUCUUAUUUAUUUGGUGCUCUUGCAGGAUAUGGAAUGUGGUUGAUAAUCUAUCCUCUAGAUAUAGUAAAAAGUAAAAUACAAACGGAUGGCUUUACACCUCAGACCAGAAAAUAUAAAGGUGCUUUAGAUUGUUUCUCACGAACUUAUAGAUAUGAAGGAUUAAGAGGAUUUUUUAAAGGAUUUGGAACUGUUAUGCUACGUGCUGGUCCCGUAAAUGCAUCAACUUUCAUGGCUUAUGAACUUGCAAUGAAAGGUUUUGAUAAAUUAUAA